AUGUCGCGCCCACAGGGCACUCACUCUCACUCCAAGUUCGCUGAUUUCUUCCCAACCGCUCCCAGCGUGCAGCAACGGAAAACUUCCAAGCUGCUUGAUCUCGACCGAUCCCGACUGCGCCGUCCUGACGAUCGCGCAGAAGAUGCCAACGCGAAAGAGAAUUCUGCUCGACUCUCGCUGAACUCAUCGUCUACCACGUUUCACCCGCGUCUGCCCGCUAAACAGGACAACUUGGCAAAGACUGCCGCCGUCACGGUGGUUCCAGAAGAGGGUGACCAGUACGCAGGCGACCUUCUCAAUGGUGUCGGCUCAGCCAGUUCGUCUAGUACCGCUUCAUCGGUCUUCAGUGCUCCUGUCGCAAGCGUCGCCAUGGCUGGCGCAAGCCAUGUCAACUUCACCACCCUUACCCCUCUUACGAACUCCGACUCUCCUCCAAAUGGUAAACUCAUGAGUCCGACUGCUGACUCCGGCUCUCAGCCCAUGGUGGGCCACGGCAAUAAUGUGUCCACCCUUCAUCAAGGCUCGAUGACACCCCUCCACACACCGCCGACCCAUCGAAGAUGCGCGCGCGAUGCUAAUGCCGAAGUCAAGGGGACCAAAUGCACCUACGAUCCGGAGCUUGACAAGAAUCUGAGCUCCAAAGAUAAACGCAAGCUGAAAGCGCAGUUCGAGGAAUUUGGAGCGAAACCUCAAGAUAACUUCCAACCUCCCGAUCCGCGGUUAGCCAUUCCUAACUACACAAAAGCCGUUGUGGGAAAAGGCAAAGCAAAAUUUCGUCCCGCACCCUACAAUCUGAAGUCAUGGGUGCCUGACGUUGCGACUGCGGUUGCGCCGCCGCCGCCGACCACCGUUGUCGUAACUGGCUUCGACCCUAUGACACCAUUAUCACAAAUCAGCGCAUUGUUUUCCAGUUUCGGCGAGAUCGAAGACUUGGACAACAAGACUGACCCGGUCACUGGGCGGUUCCUCGGCAUCUGCAGCAUCGCCUACCAAGACUGCGCUUCUUUCCAAGGCGGGGGACCGAUUUCUGCAGUCCUUGCCGCCAAAACAGCAUACCUUGAGGGCAAGCGCGGACAAAGGAUAGGCCUGAAGACCGUGCAGGUGGCUAUCGACCGAGAUGGCUCGGUCACGGAAAAGUUGGUGGAAAGGGCUAUCGCGCUGCAUCGGAAAGAGAGUGGAUUCACAAACAAGUCCCGCAUACCACCCUCUCCCUCUCCCUCAACACCUACUGCAGUGCAGUCGCCUGGGUUUGCAAAGUCCACUGGGCCGCCGCCAACAGCUCCAAAGGGACCUUCAGGAAAACCGCCCUCACGACCGCAGUCCACAUUCCAAGCUCCUUUCGGGCUCCCCGUUAAGCCCGAGAGACCAACCAAACCCGUGCCGGCCACUACCUCCCUCGUUGAGACCACGCCGAUCGCCGAAACAUUGAAAGGACCGUAUAUCUUCAUUGCGCACUGUUACGUACCAGUUAUGAGCACUACGAUCCCGCAUCUGAAGAAGAGGUUGAGGAUGUAUGAUUGGCGAGAAGUCCGUUGCGACGAGACCGGCUAUUUUAUCACAUUUGAGCAUUCGCGCAACGGGCAGGUGGAGGCCAAGAAGGUCUUUCACGGUUGUCAUAUGCAGCCGUUGUUUACGUAUGUGAUGAACCUGGAAUUACAUCUCAACGGGCAUCACAAGGCGGUCACUGCAGCAGACGCUAUACCUACGACGACAGGGCCGGUUGAUUUUGUUUAUUCCAGACAAGCUUAUCGGCUAAGAAAGGAGCACGAUCUCGACAUGGAGGAAGAAAAGAGACAGCGUGCGAGAGACCUGGAUCCUUCCAGAGCUGUUGUACAGCUAGUCAUACAGGAGCUUCGGGAUAAGUUGUUGGAAGAUGUCAAAUCACGCAUCGCUGCUCCUGUCCUCUACGAGUAUCUUGAUCCGAGUCGACAUGCAGAACGACGACGGAUUCUAGGCGUGAGUGACCCCGAAGGAAUCAGGAGGCAGGGUUAUGCCGAUGAAGGUUCUCAAACCCCAGAUUCGCGCCUGGGCACUGGGCGACGCCCACUUGGGAGUAAGAAUCUCAAUAUUCUCUCUCUGCCGAAGAUAGGCAAGAGGCCUGGCGCAGACAGAGGUAUGGUUGGUUUCCGCGACGAGAGAAGGAAGGCUCCGACAACGAGACAUAAUGUCAGACCAUUGUUCCACCAACUGGCUCAAUUUCAUGACGAUGACGAUUCCGACGACGAACAACGAACUUCGCUUACUCGUGACACGGAAGAUCCAGAGAGCCGUCCACCGAGCCGAAUGAGUAUGACCUCCAUGUCCGAUGACGACGACGAGCUUCUGCGCAAGGUUGCGAAACGCCGUCUCCACGCCCGUGAAGAAUCCGAGAUGGGAGAUAGCGUGGUCAAAGAUGAGUUCGACGCCGGCAAGCAGACUGCAGAAGAUCUCAUCAUCGCCAAACUGGAAAGAAACAUCUACGAAAUGUCCCCCUCGUCGAGGAAACGGAAGAGGCUAGUGAAAGAGCUGGAGGCCCGUAAACGCCAGAAGGCAGACGACGAAUUGUUUGGCGUCGGUCAAAAUGACUUGGAUCGCGAAGGGUCUGAGGAUUUCAAAGUGGAAACCCCGAUUGAAGCAACACCUGAGGUCGAUUCGGACGCUGCCAAGGUCAAAAAGCCGAAGCCCAAGAAGAAAACCAAGAAACAGAUACUGGAAGAGCAAGAAGCGCUCCGACGAGCGCAAGCAGAGGCCGAAGCAGCUGAAGUGGUGGAUAAUGUUUUGGAAUAUGCCGAGGAAGAAGAGGCUCUUGCGGAGGCUGCUGAAUGGAGGCCAGAAGUGGAAUGGGGUGUUUCAGCCGUGGAGCCUUUGCCUACGGUCGAUGACGACGACGAUAUCAUUCCUGACCUCCGCGGAUGGCAAGCAAGUGUAUUUGACGCAGAAGAUCUUGAAUACUUGUCAUCCGCUAUGAAGUUGAAGAAGGCCAUGGAUAUCGGCGAUCCAAUGGCUUGGGCCUGGAAACAAGAGCGCAUUCGCAAUCUCAAGCCUGGAACUCAGCCCGGUGCCCUUAGGACGGAGCCACCGAUUGACGGAUACUACGUGCCCAACCCAUCCGGCUCAGCGAGGACGGAACCGGUACGAAGAAUCCUCGAGUCUGAGAAGUCCAAAUAUUUGCCUCACCGCAUCAAGGUGCAGAAGGCCCGGGAGAAGAGAGAGGCCGAGGCUAAGAAGGAUACUGGCAAGCAAGUCGUGGAACUGCCCAAAGCUUCUUCUCGCGGCAAGCGUGCCGAUGAUCGACGCACUGUCAAGGACUUGGACAGACAGCGGGAGAUGUUACAGGGCAUAGCCGAGGACGCCGAUGUCCUGCGGUUCAAUCAACUUCAGAAACGCAAGAAGCCUGUCAAAUUUGCCAGAUCCGCCAUCCACAACUGGGGAUUGUAUUCGCUGGAACGGAUACAGGCGAGCGAGAUGAUCAUCGAGUAUGUGGGCGAGAAGAUCCGGCAAGAAAUCGCCGACUUGAGAGAGAUCAAGUACACGGAGAGUGGCAUUGGCAGCAGUUACCUCUUCCGAAUCGACGAAGGGACUGUCGUGGAUGCCACCAAGAAGGGUGGUAUUGCGAGAUUUAUCAACCACAGCUGUUCACCCAACUGUACUGCCAAGAUCAUCAGGGUUGGCGGCACCAAACGGAUCGUCAUUUAUGCUCUAAGGGAUAUUGAGAAAGACGAAGAACUAACGUACGACUAUAAAUUCGAGCGUGAGAUCGGCAGCGACGACCGCAUCCCAUGUCUCUGUGGCUCGGCGGUCUGCAAAGGUUUCCUUAACUAA